GCUUGAGAGUUAGUAAGGUGUGGUUAUUCAAGGAAGUGAACAAUUCGUAAUCGACAUUGAUGAAUGGGCAACCUAUGCAUUUAAGAAUGAACUGCUCUGAAAUGUACGGGGGUUAGCCUUAUGAGUGCAAGGUUCCUCAAAAAAAAGAAAUAUAGUUAAGUGUAUUCAGACGAAAGUGAGUAGGUGUUUAAGACUGUAAGGAUGGGAAGUUAUGCUAUAGGAAAUGAUAAUGAUGGUGUCCGUAAAGAAAAAAGAUCUGGAAGCUGGACACUCAAAAUAUCUGAAACAGAAUCGACUGGAAUCGACUUCAUAAACAAAUUUUCUGAACCUCCCUCCCUGCAGCGUAUUGCAGUAGUGUCGAUUGCAAUUAGGCUAUGUGCGGUGCCUGAUAUAAGGAAUGAAACGAGGUCUUAUAUCUUCCAAUAUCGGAGAGAUGCGGCUGAGUUGGAGUGGAGAAUAUUAAAAAAAUUGUCCAAUAGCUCUUUGCCCUCAUCGCUGAAGACCGAAAUCUCAUACGUUAUUCGACCCAUUGUUUUGCAGUUGUUGGAACCGUUUCCUAGUUACUGUAGAGUGACAGGAUAUGAAGGAAAUCUCUGUAAGUAUUACGCAAAGCCUGGAGCAAUUUAUUGGACAGUAGAGGGGACAGUUGACAUAGUGAAAUCCCUUACGGAACUAUUCGAAAAUGGAAAUUCAGAAAAAGAUAUUUGCGAUUUGUUUGAGAUAGCCUGCUCUCAUUGUUUAGGAGAAUAUGCUUCAAUUAUCUGGGAGAAAAUUCCAGAAGAGAUUAGAAACAGCUUUAGAAUGCACCGGGAUGAUUUGAUAACAUAUUGGACAUGUGUCCUAGAGAAUAAUUUAGGGAGUUUUCUAACUAGACUCAACCAUUAUGAAAAUACAUACGAUGAUAACCUUAGCAUUGAUGUAAAUAUGAUUUCUUAUUCGAUUCGAAUUGGUAAGAUAGUUGCUCUAAAGUAUUUUUGGAAAAAAUUGUCGGAGCAAGAGAAAAACGAUCAUUUGAGUAAGUGGCUUUUGCAAGCUACUCGACGUAUGAGAGCACAAAAUCAUUUAGUUCCAAGUCAUAUAUCUUAUCAGUCUUCUUCAGAAACGUUAGAUGUUUUAUGUUUUUUAUUAUCUCAUGUCAAUCGUAUAUGUCAAAUGACCGAAUUUUUUCGGAAUCAUUCUCACAUAUUAGUGUUUUUGUUCGAAAGGUGGCCAUAUCAAAGGAUAUUCUUGUCCACUAUUUUUGAACUAUUGGAUAAUCUUCAAGAACACAUUUAUUUAUGUAUAAUGGAGAAUAUUAGUUUUAACAUGAGUAAAAUGGGAAAUGAAAUGAUGAUUUUUGAAGAAAUAUGGAGAGCCAGUCCCUUAAGACUAAGACGAUCAUUUCUGAAAAAUGAACUUCUUUGCAAGGAAGUGUUGCUGCAUUUGCUGAAAUUAAGAAAUCUGAACAUGGCUGUUAGGAUAUUAAAUGAUGCUUCCAAAGAAGAAAUUGAACUAUUUAUCUGGUUUAUGUUUGGUCGGCCAGAAUUUAGCCGUUCCAUUUACCAAAGCAAUCUGAGUUCGCUUCACAUGUUAUUAUCGAAAUCUACCUUGCCACCGGAAUGUUAUCCCUAUAAAAUAAAUCGCAAAGUGCUGAUAAAAUAUUGGUUUUUUUUACUUAAAAAUUGGCAUAUUUGUAUUGAGUGGAUGUGCGAUAGAAACAUCCAAGCAGCUGAAUCUUUCUUGAGAUGGGCCAAUCAAUCUGUGGGAAUUGAAACAUUUUAUAAAUCUAUAUCAUCUCCAUAUGUUGCGUAUUUGACAUUAAUAUUAUUGUCCAACUAUGAGCGUGUGGACCAGUUUCUGAAUUGGUAUUUCCAGACGGAAAAGGAAAUUCAACAAUUUAAAGCAAACUUUUUGCGAGAAAAUGAUAAUUUCAAGCGAUUCAUAGAUAUGCCGUUCAUUGUAUCAAAAAGAGAAGGGGAUGUGUUACAAAAAUUUAUAAACUACAACUUGUCUUCUCUUGAAAACGUAGCAGAAUUUCGACUUAUUUGUCGUAGUUGCAUAGAGUAUGCACUGAGUAAAGGUUUUCUUGAAAGUGCCACCUUGCUUUUGAAUGCUUCUUUUGAUAAUAUCAAAGAAGUGAAGCGAUGCAAAAACGAACUUAUACUAUCUGAGAAAAGAAUUGAAAAGGCUCUAAUCUUAAAUCAGUCACUAACUGAUGCUGACUGGAAUCACGUGAAAGAAAUCGUAAUGUGGUCGUCGCCUCUAUCCCUAAAUACAGUCACAGAGUUAAAGUCACGAAUUCUGGAGAAGAAGACUAGUCACUCCUUCCAAGAUGAAUUGAAUCCACAAAUUUCUGCUCUCCUUGAUUUACUGGAGAAUGUUGUUGAAAAAGAUGAUAGUUGAACAUUUUUUUGCGAUCAAAAACGAAUGUAAAUAAAAUCAUGUUCACUGACAAAAGACAAAUCAAGUUCACUGUGCAAUCAAUGUCAAAAGAUGAAUUGCUUCUUAAAAACUCCAUUCUUGAGUGUUAGCUGUUUGAUGUUAAUGAAACAAUAUCCGCUAUAUAUUAUUUUCCCCAACUUUAAUAAUUAAUUUAAUUGUCACAGCUUUAUUUUUUUAUUUUCGUUAUAUCUGAAGAAAAAUCAACAAUUUUAAGUGGUUUAUUUU